CACUUGCUACUAUACCUCCUGAACCUUCACAACCAUUUGUUUAUGUAACUGCUACUUAUUCUGGAGAUGGAGAUACUGUAGUUAUUGGUUAUAUAAAUGGAACUGCAACUACUGAAUUUGUGUUUGGACCAUAUACAACUUUUAUACCUCCACCUGCAACUACUGGACCACUUAUACCUGUUAUAACUACACCUGCAACUACUGGACCAAUAGCACCUGUGAAUGGACCACUUAUACCUGCUAUAACUCCACCUGCGCCUACAUCUUCUAAAGCAUCCAUUACUCUUAAAACAUCUGCUACUUCUAAAGCAUCUGCUAUUUCUACUCACAAUGCAGUUACUACUUCUACUCCUAUGGCAGUUGCUACUCCCAAUGCAGUUACUACUCCUAAAGCAGUUACUACCCCUAAGGCAGCUACUACUCCUAAGGCAGCUACUACUCCUAAGGCAGCUACUACUCCUAAGGCAAUUACUACUCCCAAGGCAGCUACAACUCCUAAAGCAGCUACAACUCCUAAGGCAGCUGCCACUCCUAAGGCAGCUACUACUCCUAAAGCAGUUAUUGAACGUGCAGAAUUAUCAUUUGAACCACCACAGUGCUUUUCUUAUAAUUACGAGUAUACUACAUAUUUAGUAUUUACUACAGUAGAAACUUUGUUGAUCUCAGUAACAAAUUCACCAACGGCGCAAAUAAACCCGCCACUACAAACACCACAAGCACAACCACCACAAACACCACAAGCACAAACACUACAAGCACAACCACCACAAACACCACAAACACCACAAGAACAACCACCACAGACACCACAAGCACAACCACAAACACCAUAG